CUCCGGGAUAUUCUCGCGGCACUCAGCAACCUCAAUUUCUUCAGAUAUCUUCAUUGUCUAAGAGGUUACAAAAUUUACAUCACCAGAGAGUAAUACCAAGCCAGGUCAAACAGCCUUUGUAGCAGGAUAAUGGGAACGUCAACGAAACUCCUUGAUACAAGAUCUCGGGCGCUUUGACGCGUUGAAACGUCCCGAGAUGCGGCAGAUACAAACAAAGCCUCAGCACGGCACGAGCAAGCAGAAAUCUGGCACGAUCUCAAUUGGAUCUCUGUACACUUUGCAAUUAUUGGCAGCGCUGUAGAAGCAAAAUUGAAUCAGCAGAUGCUCGACACCCAAGGCAUGAAGAAAGCAGCCCAUUUACUCCACAAUCCACGCCACUUACGCCCCAGCGUGGUACGAAUCUGACCAGCCCUGAGACUGGGGUCGGUGGGCUGACCUGAUGAAUCUGCUAUGCGGAACUCACCGGCGAUAUAGCAAGAUAUUGAGACAAUUGAGAAUAGGGAUGGAGGGAAUUGAUAUAAGACAAUGUCCAAUUCAGCUUGUCCAGACCAUCAUCAUCACUCAACACUCAUCAGCAUAGACAAGCAUCUCAUCUCAACUCAGAUCACGGUCCUACAACUAUCGCAUACAUUUACACUUCAAUUUUAUAUCGAACCUUCAUCAUGACGACCAACUCAUUCGGCGGAGCUCUUCCUCGCUUUGACUUUCCUUCUCAACCGGCCCCAGCUGUAUCUCGCAUGGCGCGCAUCCACAAAGCCCUUCCAGUUGUAUUAGUCGCAGCAACAGUAGCUGCUGUCGCACUCAAGACCACUCAAGAAGCAAGAGAGUCUCAUACUUCUAUCCCUGCCAUGUUGUUUAGUCGCGCUCCAGCUCAAGGCUUGGUACCUCGAGGACAGGGGAUCAUUGGCAAACAAAAUGUUGACUUGGGCGAGAAGCCGAACAAGUAACGAGCCGUAGAUUUAAAUGGAAUCGAGCUGCAGAACGGAUGAAGAAGAUACAAGUCUAGGACAUUAUAUUACUGAGAGCAGGGCUGGUCCCAAUACAUCGUUUAAUCAAUAUAAGGAAUACCAUCACAAUCACCUCAGAACUCGCAAUGCCAUUGAAACAACCGGAAUAGGAAGGACGUAAACAGGAUCCCUG